AUGAAGCCAGUCACACUCGCCGCCGCCCUCCUCUCCCUUUGCGCUUCUCUCGUCAGUGCCGGCGUUGUCAUCACCCCCAUCAAGCCCGAGCAAGUCGUACCCAAGAACGCAGAUGACUGCUAUUUUGGUGUGACUACCCCUCAAGGUUGCGGACCCCUUCGUAACACGAAGAAGGGUUAA